AUGCCAGCCUUGCUAAAUAGCCCGAGUUGCGGGAUCCGGAAUAACAAUUUGUGGAUCACACAGAGUUGUAUACAACAGGAAUCGAUCCCGCGACACGUUGCAAUGCAGUCGGUAGCCCUGCAACCGUGCAAAGAGUGGUUGGCACUUGGCAGGUAUGAUAAAAUGAAGAUUGACCUAGUGCAGAGGCUGAGCAGGAACAGAGUGGUUUUUAGUCAGUCAGAGUUUGACACUCCCUCUUGCCUCAUCCUGGGCGAAAGAAGUCAUAUGAUGGUUUACUCCUCCCAACAAAAAGGCCUGGACCGCAACUGCAACCUGGCUAUCUACACAUCGGCAACAAUCUACAUAUCCCAAUGGGCCCCAUCUGUGAUGAUCGCCUACAUAGUGACUGAGCGCCCUAUGGUCGUGUAUUAUAACAAGAAAUUCAUCAGCAACGUGACUGUGAUUAGCCGUCGACGCAGUCGGGACGACCCUGUUUACUAUAUCAACUUUUACACUGAUAUUCUGGUGCCAUUAGGGAACAAUGUUUCGUCUCAGGAAGCUCCAGACGUUGAUUCAGCUUGCCAAAUCUGGGUUGAUCAAGAACUACAGAAUACCAAUAUGGAUGAAGUAAAUCCUGAUCCACUCAUCCCUCAAACAGACGAUGAAUAUGACUCUGCCAAGUUAGAUGAGCAACCAUCUAAAGUAAAAAUUGAGAGAAGGUCCUCCCCUAUAUACUAUAAGAAAAUUAAAAAGAAAAAGCUUAAGCACCGGGCUACACCAAGAAAUUAUUCAACCGACUCUGUUCCUCAAUGUACAAAAGAGGAUGAAUUUGAUAUCUAUGGUAAAUAUAUUGCUUCACAACUGAGAAAAAUGGACCUCCAUAAGGCAUUGAGGAUACAACUAGAAAUACAAAAUCUACAACAAGAUUCACUAGAUGAUGCCAACCAGAAAAUAUGGCUGUCAACUACGGACAACAUGGAAGAAGAAACUUUGGAGCCAUUCCCUGAAGAUGAUGAAUACACAUUAAUUUUAAAAACAGAACCCAGAGAAGUACCCCAAAUCAGUGAAAGUAGGUAUCAGAAUAAAAAGAAAAAAAUUAAGCACAGAAGGCCUAGUACUGAUUGCUCUGAGAGGACAUUUGUGGAGACCAUAGACUCAAAUAUAGAUACAGCAAAGGAGGAUGAAUUUGACAUUUAUGGUAAAUAUAUUGCAUCACAGUUGAGAAAAAUGGAUUUGCAGAAGGCAUUGAGAGUUCAGUUGGAGAUUCAGAGUCUAGUUAGUGAAGCCAGGCUAUCUGGGUUAAAUGGAAAGCAUUGA